UUCAGUGAAUGGGUUUAAUUUCCCUUCGUCAUGCUGGCACGGCGGGACUCAGUCUUUAAUUCCUGACAGCGAAGGUAAAGAGAGGUACUCGUCGACAGGCUCUUCAACAGGCAGGUUCAAGCUCAGGUCAACACCUUGACAGCUCUUAAACAGUGCUUGCGGAGAAGCAGACGACACUUGCAGUUUACUAGACCGAACAGCAUCCUACUAGACCGGACAGAACAGCACAGAAACAUGUCGAAUGCCAAUGUGAUAGAUGAAACGAGGGGCAAGAGCCCGAAGGUCAACCAGUUCGGGGACUAUGAGGAUACGACAAACAUGUCGUGUAAGGACUGGAAUGAGAGAUGGGGGAAGAAACAAACACAGUUCCAUAUGCCCAAAGUACAUCCGAUGUUGUCGAAAUGCAUUGAUCGGCUUACAGAUGGGAAAAAAAAUCUUCGGUUUUUUGUACCAUUAUGCGGGAAAAGUAUGGAUUUGAAUUGGUUGCUGGAACAGGGACAUGAGGUAGUUGGGUGCGACUGCUCAGAGGCUGGAUGCAAAGAAGUGUUUGAAAGAGACAGCAUACCUUACACCACCGAAUACCGACAAAACGUGAAGAGCACUCUCCUCAAGGCGACAGACAGGAAGUUGUCCCUCUAUGUUGGUGAUUUCUUUCAGCUCCAAAGAAAGGAACUUGGAGAAUUUGAUUGUGUGUGGGACCGAGGAUCACUCGUUGCUGUACCUGUUAAAAAGAGACAAGAAUAUGCCGAUAUCAUCCUUUCAAUCAUGACAAAUGAAACAAGGUAUCUCCUCGACUGUUUCCUAGUCAAUAACGACAUAUUUGGAGGCCCACCCUUCAACUGCACAGAAGAAGAGGUCAACAAAUACAUCGGGCACCAAUGUCGGGUGGAGAAAAUCGAAGAAAGAGACGCGAUGACGAAUUGGCAAAAAACUUGGGGUUUAAAAUCGUUCGUUGAGGAGGUUUACAUGAUACGGUUAAAGUGAACAGUGACAGUUGAGUCUUUGUUUAUAAGGUGAUGUUGUUGACAUUUUAUUGACGCUCGUUUGGAUAGUAUUUCAUUGUUGAUUCGCUUCAUUUUUGUUUUUGUACAAUUUAUUAAUAUUUAUGUAAUUACCAUAUUUUGUAAAAUAAAUGAUCGCUUUAAA